AUGGAGGCUGGUCUGCAUGGCAAAGCUGGGGACUAUGUUCAGUGUCCUGUGAGAAUGGAACAACAAUACGCAAAAGAACGUGUAACAACCCCCCAUCUGCAUAUGGAGGACAAAACUGUAGCGGAAAAGGACAAGAAACAAGGCCAUGCGACACAACAAAAGCUUGUCCAGCAAGUUCACAUUGAGUUAGUCUGCAAGCAUAACAUGACUGCAAUAGUUGCCGAUCCUUUCAAUUGUGCACAAUUUUAUGAUUGUUCACACAACUUGUCAGCAUUAGGAAAACCUUUUUUGAGAGAAUGCAACUAUCCUGAUCUAUUUUCAUCUUCAACAAAAUCAUGUGAACCAUUUUCAACAGUAACUGGGAACUGUGGAAGGAGAAAAGAAGUUCAGGCACCAUCUGUUUUAAACUUCCUGUGUUCAAAAAAUCAUUCUGCUGCAAUACCAGAUCCCGAAAAUUGUGCGAAAUUUUACAACUGUUCAAAACUGCUUUCAUCAAAGACACUUGAAGAUAUGAAAACUGAGUGCGGAUAUCCAGAUCUUUUCUCUUUAAGCACUGGAAGAUGUCAGAAUUUUAAAACUGUAAAUUGCACCAAAAGGAAGGAACCUGUGACACCGUGUGAAUAUUAUAAAAAUCUCUGCGCUCUCAACAGUACCAAAUGUAUUCCUUGUUAUAAACGGUUACCCAGUUGUCAAGGAUUGACAAAUGGAAACGAGGCCUUUCCAGGAAAACUAUGGCAGGCAGAUUAUAUUGUGUGUGACACAAACCGUACCAUGAACAUCAGUCAUUGUUCUCAAGGAGAGUACUUCAAUCCAAGACUAAGCACUUGCAAGAAGGAUGUUCCAAAUGUGGAUAUACCAGAUUAUUGCUUAGCCAACCCCAAAGCUCUGCUUCCAAAGAAAGACAACUGUGGUCAGUACAUCAACUGUUCUGAUUCGGGAUUUGAUGGGAAUCACACAAUGGAAUGCCUUUAUCCAGAUCUUUUUUCAUUAAUAUCUAUGUCAUGCCAGUGGUUUGAGAAUGUGACUUGUCAUCAACGCAUGGAACCCCAGGCGCCAUGUGAUUACCAACAGAACCUUUGUGCGCCAAUGAAUAAGAGCUGUAUUCCUUGCAAGAAGAGGCUUCCAUCUUGUGUGACAUUGCCUGAUGGGAAGAACCCUAUUAAUUGGUUGUUAUGGAAACCAGAUUAUGCCAUCUGCUACAAAAAUAGGACCAUUGAUAUAGAGAAAUGUUCCUCUCGCUUUUUUGAUCCAGUUCAAAGAAAAUGUCUGUCGAAAGCAAUUCCAAGUAACAUUGAUAAGAUUUGCAAACAGAAUCCAAAGGCUAUCUUCCGAAAGAAUGACAACUGUGCUCAGUAUUACAACUGUUCCGUGGACAACUCCAAAUACGGAAAACAUCUACAGGAAUGUAAAUAUCCUGAUCUGUUCUCUACCAUAAGCAUGAGAUGUGAGAAUUUCAAUAUAGUGAAAUGUGACAAUAGAACAGAGCCUCAGACACCAUGUGAGUAUGUUCAAAACCAGUGUGCAAAAAGCAACGUUUCAUGUGUCCCUUGUCCAAAACGGUUGCCCAGUUGUCAAGGAUUGACAAAUGGAAAAGAGGCUUUUCAAGGAAAACUAUGGCAGACAGAUUAUAUUGUGUGUGACACCAACCGUACCAUGAACUUCACUCAGUGUUCUCAAGGAGAGUACUUCAAUCCAAGACUAAACACCUGCAUGGAAGAAGUACCAAAAGUGGAUAUACAAAAUUACUGCACAGCCCAUCCUAAGGCUUUACUUCCAAAAAAAGACAAUUGUGGUCAGUACUCUAACUGUUCUGAUUCGGGAUUUGAUGGGAAUCACACGAUGGAAUGUCUUUAUCCAAAUCUAUUUUCUUUAACAUCUUUGUCCUGUCAGUGGUUUGAGAAUGUGACUUGUGAUGGACGCAUGGAACCUCAAGCACCAUGUGAGUACCAGCAGAAUCUUUGUGCUCCAACGAAUAAGAGCUGUAUUCCUUGCAAGAAGAGGCUUCCAUCUUGUGUGACAUUGCCUGAUGGGAAAAACCCUAUAAAUUGGUUGUUAUGGAAACUUGAUUAUGCCAUCUGCUAUAAAAACAGGACCAUUGAUAUAAGGAAAUGUCCCGCUAGGUUCUUCGAUCCAGUUCAAAGAAAAUGUUUAGAGAAAGCAAGCCCAAAUAACAUUGAUGAGAUCUGCAAACAGAAUCCAAAGGCUAUCUUCCGAAAGAAUGACAACUGUGCUCAGUAUUACAACUGUUCCGUUGACAACUCCAAGUACGGAAAACAUCUACAGGAAUGUAAUUAUCCUGAUCUGUUCUCAACCAUAAGCAUGAGAUGUGAGAACUUCAAGAUAGUGAAAUGUGACAAUAGAACAGAGCCUCAAGCACCAUGUGAGUAUGUUCAAAAUCAGUGUGUAACCAGCAAUAUCUCCUGUGUCCCUUGUCCCAAACGAUUGCCAAGUUGUCAAGGGUUGACAAAUGGAAAAGAGGCCUUUCAAGGAAAGCUAUGGCGGGCAGAUUACAUUGUGUGCGACACCAACCGUACCAUGAACAUCAAUCAGUGUUCUCAAGGAGAGCACUUCAAUCCAAGACUAAACACUUGCAUGAAAGAUGUACCAGAAGUGGAUAUACCAGAUUUUUGUUCAGCUUAUCCCGACGCUUUACUUCCAAAAAAAGACAACUGUGGUCAGUACAUCAACUGUUCUGAUUCAGGAUUUGAUGGUAAUCACACAAUGGAAUGCCUUUAUCCAGAUCUCUUUUCAUUGACAUCUAUGUCAUGCCAAUGGUUUGAGAAUGUGACUUGUAACAAACGCAUGGAACCUCAAGCACCUUGUGAGUACCAGAAGAACCUUUGUGCUCCAGCAAAUAGGAGCUGUAUUCCUUGCAAAAAUAGGCUUCCAUCUUGUGUGACAUUGCCUGAUGGGAAGAACCCUAUAAAUUGGUUGUUAUGGAAACCUGAUUAUGCCAUCUGCUAUAAAAACAGGACCAUUGAUAUAAGGAAAUGUUCCUCUCGCUUCUUUGACCCAAUUCAAAAAAAUUGUUUAGAGAGAGCAAGUCCAAAUAACAUUGAUAAGAUCUGCAAACAGAAUCCAAAGGCUAUCUUCCGAAAGAAUGACAACUGUGCUCAGUAUUACAACUGUUCCGUGGACAACUCCAAAUACGGAAAACAUCUACAGGAAUGUAAAUAUCCUGAUCUGUUCUCUACCAUAAGCAUGAGAUGUGAGAAUUUCAAAACAGUGAAAUGUGACAAUAGAACAGAGCCCCAAGCACCAUGUGAGUAUGUUCAAAAUCAGUGUGUAACCAGCAAUAUCUCCUGUGUCCCUUGUCCCAAACGGUUGCCAAGUUGUCAAGGAUUGACAAAUGGAAAAGAGGCCUUUCAAGGAAAACUAUGGCAGGCAGAUUAUAUUUUUUGUGACACCAACCGUACCAUUAACAUCACUCAGUGUUCUCAAGGAGAGUACUUCAAUUCGAGACUAAGCACUUGCAUGACGGAUGUUCCAAAAGUUGAUGUUCCAGAUUUCUGUGCUGUGCAUCCUUUAGACAUUGUGCCUGCCUUGGACAAUUGUGCGCGCUAUUUUAACUGCAGUGCUGUGAAUGCAGCCCCCCCAUCACUAAUCAAAGCGAGAAACUUAGCGAAUUCUGCAGUAGUUGAUCAAAUGGAAUGUUCCUAUCCUGCAUUGUUUGACGUGUCAUCAGGAGACUGUAGAAAUUUCACAUCUGUCACAUGUGAUAGAAGACCAGAGCCACAGGCACCUUGUGAAUAUCUUCAAAAUAUAUGUGAAUCAUCAGAUUUGAAUUGCUUGCCAUGUCCUCAGAGACUGCCUACUUGUGUUGGAAAGGCAAAUGGUCCAAACCCGUUCCCAAAUAAGCUUUGGAGCCCAGAUUUCAUCUUGUGUUAUCACAAUAGAACCUUGAAAAUAGAGAAAUGCUCAAAGGGUUAUUUUCAUCCUAUUGCAAACAUUUGCAUGGAAAUUGUUGAUCCAGGUAAAUUAAAACAAAGAUUGGACAAUAUUUACUGCAUGUAA